CACUCGAUACUCCACAACGCAGAUUGUUGAAAAUGACGCCGGGUGCAGUGUGUGUGACGCUGCUUCACCUCGCCUUGUUGAAUAGGUAGUACUACCUGUGUUAAAUCAUGCAGGGCUGAAGCCCCCUGUAAUGCAUACACCUCUCCUUGAUGAACAGGAUUAACUCCUAUGUUAAAUCAUGUAAGGCUAAUUCACCUGCAAUGUACAGUGCCCGAUCUGUAACGCGAGUAAGUACAACUGCACGCUAUCGUGAUUUCGUUCCGGAUUAUUUCAGACUGCGAUCUCGUUCAAGUGGGUCGUCCCAGAAGGAAAGUCUACAAUAAUUCUCCACGAAUUUCCAUUAUGGCAUGGACCUUUUUAGCUAUGCGCUAUGGAUUUAGUAACCCUGUUGUUGAUUCUGUCAGGAGCCUUCUGUGUGAUGUGGAUUUACCAAAAAUGGAGAGAUGCAUCUCUGAAGCCUCUACCCCCCGGGCCCAGGGGCAUGGGGACGUUUUUCAAUUUCGUGAAUGCUGUUUCCAACUUUACUCUCCACUUCCAUGCUGACCGCUGGGCGAGUCAGUAUGGGGACAUUGUGUCUGUGGGACUGUUUGGCCAGAACAUUGUCUUCAUUAACGAGGGGAAGUUAAUGAAGAGGCUUUUCUGCGACGAUUCCCUCAAAAUGGUCACGAAUGAUAGACCGAGCUCUUUCGCUUCAAGGUUCGUUUUCAAGGACCAGAAUAUUGGACUUAGUUCCUUGGGUAAACAUCACACAAGAAUGAGGAAAAUAUUUCAUGGUUCCUUGAAACUGUACGGGGAUGGCGUCCAGGGUUUUGAAGAUACGAUUAUUGAAGAGCUUCGUCGCGUUGUCAUGGAAAUAAAGUCGAACGAAGAAGUACCACUGGAUGAAGUAAUAUCAAACUUUUUGCUGAAUGUAAUACACAUUCUCCUGACCGAUGAACGUCCAGAAGAUGACGGUUCUACAGUUCGGCAGAUGAAAGAAUACAACACGCCAUCAACAGGUUGUUUGGACUGGAAGUGGAUCAACCACUGACCAUUAUGCCAUUCCUGCGCUACCUACCGGGACCUCUCAAAACGAAGUGCGACAAGGCGAAAUCUUGUAUAGAAACACUGUACGCAUCGAUAUAUGAGAACGUGAAGGCCAAGUACACCCCCGGUGAGCCACGUGGUUUGAUUCAAGCUGCCUUAGAAACCCAACACAAUAUGAGCGACAAAUCCAAGAUGGCGGACGAUCACAUACGUUUCAUAAUGUUGGAAAUAAUCUCAGCUGGAUAUCUAACAACGAGAGGAACGCUUCUUGGAAUCUUCAUGGCCUUGGUGGAACAUCCUGAACUGCAAGACACGCUGUACCAACACAUCAAGGAUAGCAUAGGUGACCGAAAGGUCAAGGUCGAGGACAGAGGGUCACUUCCGUUUGUCGAUGCCAUGGUACUAGAAGCCGUCCGUUACCUAACCCACGGGCCGGUAUCCCUACCCCAUAGGACCAACAAGGACAUGGAGAUAGACGGCUAUAGGAUUCCCAAGGAUUCAAUUCUUCUGUCAAAUUUCUGGUCAAUGGCACAUAAUGAGAAGGUCUGGGACUCCCCUUGGGUAUUUCGACCCCAGCGUUUCCUUGACGACCAAGGUAACCUGCUACCACCAGAUCACCCAGUACGGCAACGGUUUUUACCAUUUGGCGUAGGAAAACGACAAUGCCCCGGUGAAGUGUUUGCCAAAACGAGGAUGUUUCUGUUAAUAACCACUUUGGUCCAGCAUUUCAAGUUUCUACCGCCAGAGGGCGGAAUGACGUCAUCUUCCGAUGCGAGAACCUGGUCACCAGGUUUAAUUCUUCAACCAGAGAAGGUCUUGUGCAAGGUAGAAGUGAGGGAUGCCUGUCCGCUGCUUCAGUGAAAGCAUUCAAGUGCGUUAAUGAUACAGCUGUAACGAUAUAUCGUAGUAUCGAUAAUCGUGAUACUUUAUCUGACGAUAAAUAGAUCGAUACGUUUUUUCGUAUCGUGAUAUGUAUCGUUGACCUUAAAAUUGUUAAUUUUCAUUAGAUAUUGACGGUUAUUGUCCAAAUCUACACUGCGACUUGCAAUUAUAUGAUGAUUUUUUAAAGAAAAUAACUAAAGAUUCCAUAUUGUGAUAUGCAUCGAAUCGUAUCGUUCCAAGAUAUGGCGAUACGUAUCGUGAAUUUCUGUAUCGUCACACCUCUAGAUAAUGAGUAUAUUCAGCGAAAAUCGAUUCUAUAUCUCAGAGAAUGCAAGGGCAUUUACAUCCAGACACAACAGUUGUUAGUUCAGACAGAUAAAAUAUGUGGUCUUUACUUAAGCGAAGAGGUUGUCUAUACAUACAAAUGUUAGUAUGUAUGUAUGUAUGUAUGUCUACUUCGGUGAAAACAUGUGUCGACCUAUGUGUACAUGCGUUUGCCGAAGUGAAUACUCCUGUCUGCUUUAACUAAUCGAUUUCAGUGAAUGUUUUGUCUACUUCAGUGAGUACACCGUGUCUACUUCAGUGAAUACGUUGUCUAAUUCAGUGAAAACAUUUGUCUACCUAAUACACAUGCGUCCACCGAAGUGAAUACACGUGUCUGCUUUAGCUAAUACACGUGUCUACUUCAGUGAAUACAUGUGUGUAGUUGGUUGAGUAUAUGUGUCGACAUAUGAAUACAUGUGUCUCAUUACCUCAGUAAAACCACGUGUCAACUUCGUGAGUUCGUUGUCUACUUCAAUAAAUACUUGUCUACUUCUGUGAA